GUAUUAUUUCCCCAUCCGAUUGCACGAAAGGCGGGAUUUCCGUGUGACGCGAUGACGUAGCGCGUCUCUGGAUUGGCGGCCUGCCAUCUUUGAUUCUGCUAUAGGCCGCAGCGGGAGCCGCUCGGUCUCUCCGAAAGAAAUAAAGAAAUCAUAAUAAUAAAGUGAAGGAAAGAAAAGAACGAAACAAAGACACGUCUCGAGAAGGAGAGGAUUACCGAGCGCUUCACCUCGACAGAGAAAGGGGGAGACAUUGAUAAAGAGGGCGGCUGAGGAGACACUGCAGUCACAUUUGUAAUUCGUGCCCCUUCACUCACACUCCCUCCCAAUCACAAAAAGAAAGAAACAAAGACAGACUGAGGGGUGACACCUGCCUGGACUGGGGGAGACUUCACCACGCCGAGCGGGACAAGAAGAGGAGAGGGACCGGCAGAGAGAGGAGGCUGGUUCUGCGGGUGAGGCCGGAGGUACCAGACUCAAUGAGUUGCCAUCGACAUGUCCGAGAAGUCAGGCCAGAGCGCAAAGGCAAAGGAUGGGAAGACCAAGUACGCGAGCCUCAGCCUCUUUAACACGUACAAGGGAAAGCCGCUGGAGACCCAGAAGACUGCAGUGGCUGCCAGGCAUGGGCUCCAGAGCCUGGGCAAGGUGGCCUCCAACCGGCGCAUGCCACCUCCAGCCAACCUGCCGAGCCUGAAAGCCGAGAACAAGGGGAAUGAUCCCAACGUGAAUAUCGUUCCCAAGGACGGGAGCGGCUGGGCGUCGCGGCAAGACCAGCCCGGGGAGGAGCGGCCCCCGGAGAUACCCACACCCCCUCCCAAACCAGGGCCCCCAGCCCCCCAGGAGAUAGCCAGUGGGGCCAGCCGGUCCUGGGGCAGCAGUAAGCAGGCGGGGCAGGGAGAUGACCUUUCUGAUGCAGGUGGCCCCCGGAUAAACAGCCACUUCCAGCAGGAGUUUCCCAGUCUGCAGGCAGCAGGGGAGCCGGAGAAACCCGGAUCGGACAAGGAGCAGCCAGAGGAGCCCUACGGACCGGGGCCCAGCCUGCGACCCCAGAAUGUUGGCAGCUGGAGGGAGGGCGGUGGAAGGAACCUGAGCAUGGCCGGCUCCGAGCCUGACGUCGGAGCCCCUUUGGCGGAGGAGGGAGGCAGCAGCACCCCCUCUCCCACCCUGGAGCAAACCGAGCCCUGCAGGGCAGCGAGCGAGCAGCGGGAGGUGAAGAGGGAGAGGCUCCCCUACGGCACCCAGCCUCCUCUGCAGGGGCUCAGUCAGGUCAAACUCAACGGGGGGCAGCCGCUGCCGUCGGGAGUGCCUCCACAGUUCCACCCCCAGUUCAGAGGCAUCAUGCCCCCCUAUAUGUUCCACGCCUGUCCCCGCAUGCCCUUUCCACCGAUGCAGGGCCCUUGCAGGUACCCGCUCCCUCCACAAGAAGCUGGGAAAGGCCCCAGGGCUGCCGGUCGGCCCCCACAGUCGUGGCCCCAGGACGGGGUGGACAGGCCCUCCAUCAUCAGUGCCACGGAGCUCAAGGAGCUGGACGUUCUGGACACAGAUGUGGAUGAGGGCUGGGCUGGAGCCCAGAUGGAGGUGGAUUACACCGAGAAGCUCAACUUCAGUGAUGAUGAGGAGAACCAGGCCAACAAAGACAAGGGAGACAACUGGGAGUGGAUGCGUGCUCGGAGUUCGCAGUGCACCGAGGGGUGGAAGGAGGGAGAGGGGUCCUGGGGCGAGAAUGCUGCUCCCACACCCCGUUCACCCAACAGCAGGGGGCAGCACAGCAAGACCAGCCAGCCCCCGGAGUACCAGGCACAGUCUGCAGGCCGCCCCCCAGCAGCAGCAGCAGGACCUGGAGCACCGUCCCGGGGGAAGCAGCAGCCGGUGACAGGGGCCCCUGAGUCUGAGGACUCGGAGGCCUGGCGGCUGAAGCGCAAGAAGCAGACGGAGUCUAGCGAGGCCGUGGAGCGGGCGCGGCGCAGGCGCGAGGAGGAGGAGCGGAGGAUGGAAGAGCAGCGGCUGGCAGCCUGCGCGGAGAAACUCAAGAGGCUCAACGAGAAAUUCGGGACCCCAGCCACCCCCACCGCCACGGCAGCGUCUCCAGAGAGCCAGGCACUGGAGGCACGACCAGCGCCCGCUCCGGAAGAGAGCGCGGAGAAGACGACGAUGACCGCCGUCCAGCCCCAGCCCCAGCCCUUACCCGAGCCCCAGCCUCAGCCUCAGCCUCCACCAAGGCCACGCUCUCAGGAGAGAGUCCAGCCUGAAGAGCAGGAGGAGGAGAAGAGGGCGGUGAUAGUGACUGCACCCCCACUGCCGGAGGCAGGAGGCAGGGAGGUGCAGGUAGAGAGCGAGGCUCCUGCCUCGGAGGAGACGGCCCCAGAGAGAGAGGGCUUCAACAGCGAGGAGGCUAGUAGAGCCGAGGAGCCCCCUGUGCUGCCCCCUCUGGACCCCCGAGCCCUGACCCCCGAGAGUGGGGAAGGGGAGUCUGGCCACUCACGCCCUGCCCUCCCCUCUGGAUACUCCAAACAGUUCCAGAAGUCCCUGCCCCCACGCUUCCUGAGACAGCAGGAGCAGAUGAAGCAGCAGCAGCAGCAGGCAGCGUCGGCAGCUCCCCCCUCCCCAGGGGCCCCGGCCCCCCCUCCCCAGCACCGCUCCCUCUACCAGCCCCUGGGGCCACACCAGCAGCACCUGGCCUCCAUGGGGUUUGACCCCCGCUGGCUCAUGAUGCAGUCCUACAUGGACCCCCGCAUGAUGUCAGGGCGCCCCCCUUCUAUGGACAUGCCCCCCAUGCACCCAGGGAGGAUGCCUCACAAGCAGCUGCUUAGGAGAGAUCAGGUGGAGGGCUCUGGCUCUGGGUCCGACUCAUUUGAUCACCUGGCACGGCCUGUCAGAGACCACGGGCUGCCCGUAGAGCCCCGCAUGGUGUGGGGGUCUGAGCCGUACCCCCAAACAGAGCCCCAGUCUGCUGCUACACCCCCCAAAGUACAAGAUGAUCCCAGGGAGCCCGGGUCGGAGGUGGGGGUCGAGUUGGAGAGGAGCACUCCCACAGAGACCAUUCCCCUCGAACCCAGCACCAAGACAGACUGCUUCAGAGACCCGAUGGAGCAUGAGGGCCACAGCUUCAGCAGCCGGGCCCCCGAGGACCUAGCGGGAGCCCUGCAGCUUGAGAAAGGCCCCGGGGUGCCUGGAUUCGAGCCCAAGGAUGGGAGCCUGGCCCCUACAGAGGAGGCUCUGGGCGUGCCGAGGGAGAGCCCCGCGGUGCUGAAGAGGAGCGCGUCUCAGGGCUCCAGCCACUCUGUCAAGCUGGAGGAGCCCAGCUUUGAGGCAGCCUCCAAACCACAAGCCAAGGAGACGGCCGACCGCCAGGAGGACAAGCCCAGGAAGGAGCCCUUCUCUCUGGGCAGCAGCAGUGGCAGCAGGACCACCCCACCAGCCGAGGGCCUGCCCAAAGCGGAGAAGCCACCCAAAUUGAAAUCCGAGACGCGCUGGGGUCCCCGGCCGGGGGUCAGCAGGAGGGAGGGGCCCGGUGGAGAGCGGCCGCUCCGCAGAUCGGGGCCCAUCAAGAAGCCGAUCCUGCGGGACAUGAAGGAGGAGAGGGAGCUGAGGAAGGAGAAGGAGGAGCGGCACGAGAGAGGAGGAGGAGGAGGCGGGGGGAGGAAGGAGGGACCCAAAACAGAGAACCAGAAAGCACCUGCUGGCGAGGGGGUGAGGAGGGAACCUCCAGCCUUGGCCCCUGAUACUUGGGAUACAGCGAGCGCAGGGAAGCCUGCGGGGGCUCUGGGGCCACCAAUAGGGCAGGCAGCCCGCGAGGAGAAACAAGAGAAGCAGCCAAUGCCUGCCGUUGAGAAACCCCACCCCGAGACACCCAGGCCAGCCUCCAGAAAGGAACUGAACCUGCCCCCGAGGGCUUACCGGAGAGAAGACAGGGACCGAGACCGGGUUCAAGAUAGGGACCGGGCUCAAGACAGGGAGAGGGACCGGGCUCAAGACAAGGAGAGGGACCGGGCUCAAGACAGGGACCGGGUUCAAGAUAGGGAGAGGGACCGGGCUCAAGAUAGGGAGAGGGACCGGGCUCAAGACAGGGACUGGGUUCAAGAUAGGGAGAGGGACCGGGCUCAAGAUAGGGACAGGGACCGGGACAGAGACUGGGGCCCAGAGCCAGGCUUCCGGGGCCGCGGCAGGGGGGAGUACUACUCUCGUGGCCGCAAUUUCAGAGGCAGCUACGGGGGCCGGACGAGGGCUAGCAGGGGCAGGAGCAGAGGGGAGUACCCCUACAGGGAGCCCCGGCCGCGCUCAGACCUGCCCCUCGGCUCGGCCGCCUCGUUCCGGCGACGGGAAGAGAGCGAGACGCGCAGCGAGAGCUCCGACUUCGAGGUGAUCCCCAAGAGGAGGCGCCGACGCGGCUCCAACACGGACUCGGAGAGCGAGGCCCGGGACACGGCCAGCGACACCGGGGCCUCCGACAGGGAGAGCAGCAGCAAGGCCAGGCCGCUGCGCAGAGAGGACCCCAGGAGGAUGUUGAAAGCAGCAGCAGCCUCCUUCCGCCCUCCUCCUCCUCCUCCUCCUCCUCCCCACACAGCGCAGCCCGGCUCCAGGGAGCCUCGAGAGGAUGACGGGGGGCGCCUCAAGCCAGGCUUCCUCCCCAAAGUGGAGCCCUCCAGGCGGGGCAGGGGAGCAGGGAUGUACAGGAGGGCCGCUGGAAGGGAGAGAGGCCCGCCCAGGUCGGCUCCGAUGAGACGGCCGGGGCUGAAGGAUUGCCAGUGGCCCUCCAAGCCCAUGGAGACGUUCCGGCCAGAGGGGGAGAGGCUGGAGCACGGCCAGGGGCUGAACUCAGAACGACGGCCGCUCAGGUUCGAGGGGAAGAAGUACCCGGAGCCCAGCCGGGAGAGGCCCAGGAGACAGAGGCCAGCCCGGCCGCCCAGGCAGGACAAGCCACCCCGCUUCCGCAGGCUGAAGGAGAGGGAGGCGGCAGCGGCCGAGGCAGGGGGGGGGCCCGGCAGGGCCAUGCCCAGCGCCCCCCCGGACUACGCGGCGGCGGCGGCGGGGGUCUCCGAGGCAGCAGGGAGUAAGUCCCCCGACCUGUCCAAUCAGAACUCCUCCGACCAGGCCAACGAGGAGUGGGAGACGGCCUCCGAGAGCAGCGACUUCAACGAGCGCAGGGAGCGCGAGGAGCGCAAGGGCGAGGCGGCCACAGCCUCUCAGGGGGCCCCGCCCAAGGGCACAGGCUCCGAGGGGGGGGCAGCGCCCAAGCGAGAGGCCCUCGCGGCGGCAGCCAAGAGGAGCUUCUCCAGCCAGCGCCCCGGAGUGGAUCGGCAGAACCGGCGCGGCAACAGCGGGCCCAAACCCGCCCGGGGCUAUGGCGGGGGAAGGGGAGAGCGCAGAGGACCCGGGGGCAAGCCAGGGCGCAGAGGCAGCACUGUAUCCCAGCAUCUGGACCAGCGCUCCGGCUCGGCUCAGCGGUCCGAGAAGGAUCCGUCCGGGAGGCACAAGGAGGAGGCCAAGCCGGCCACCAAGAAACUCAAGGAGAAGGUGGACGCGCUGUCACAGUUCGACCUGAACAACUACGCCAGCGUGGUGAUUAUCGAUGACCACCCGGAGGUGACCACGCUGGAGGACCCCCAGUCCAACACCACGGAUGACGGCUUCACAGAGGUGGUGUCGCGCAAGCAGCAGAAACGACUCCAGGAUGAGGAGCGGAGGAAGAAAGAGGAGCAGACUGUGCAGAAUUGGAGCAAGAAGGGUUCAGGUGAAAAGGGCAGAGGGGGGAGCUCCAAGCUGCCUCCCAGAUUUGUGAAGAAGCAGCAGCAGAAACAGGGAGCGGCUCAGCCUCGGAGCCAGGCUCCCCCACAGCCUGCACCCCAGCCUCUCGAGGGGGCUGUCCCACCACCCAGCAGCGAGUUCCCCGGCCAGGCCAAGGGAUUGCCUGCCAGCCAGCCUCCCAGCGCCCUGGGCACAGAGCUCUGGGAAAACAAGAUGACCACAUCCACCGUGCUCACGGACGUGACCAAGAUACUGGGACCCAUCAGCCCUCCCCAGCCUCCCUCUGUCAGUGCCUGGAACAAGCCCCUCACGUCCUUCGUAGGGGCUGUGGCCCCGGAGCAGGGGGCGAAGCCUGGCCUGGAUGCGGGUGUGGAGCUGGGCAUAGAGAGCAUCCAGUUUGGGGCUCCCUCGUCCUCAGGCAGCACGGACAGCGACUGCACCCCGACUCUGCUGGAGAAGGGCCCCGAUAACAAACUGCCAGAGCCCAAGGAGCAGAGGCAGAAGCAGCCGCGCGCUGGGCCCAUCAAGGCACAGAAGCUGCCAGAGAUGAGCCUCCCAGAGAAUAAGGAGUACAAGCCGGGCCCCAUCGGGAAGGAGCGCUCGCUGAAGAACCGCAAAGUGAAGGACGUCCGCCAGGCUGAGAACGAGGGGCCUGACAAGCCGGGUCCGGGGGCCGCCAGGAGCCCAGACCCCCACUCCCCUGCCAAGGACAGCAAGGACUCGGACAUGGAGAGCAUGAUCUCUGUGUCCACGCCCGAGUUUGGAGCCAGCAGCAAGGAAUCUGUGACGGACUACACCUCUCCCUCCUCUUCACUGGGAGACACAGUCUCCACAGGAAGCAGUAAGAUGGAGGAGAGCCUGGUCUCCAAUGUGCCCUUGCCCCACACCCUCCCCCUCCCCCUCCCCAGGAGGGAGACUCUGCAGCAGAGCUCCAGCCUGACUCAGGUCUCUUCCGCUACCGUUGACCUCACCCUCAAGAUGGAGUCUGCGCGGAAGGCCUGGGAGAACUCCCCCAGCAUGGGUGAGAAGAGUUCUCCAGUGACCUCGUCCGCCCCCCCCAUCGCCAGCAGCGCUGCAGCCAACAGCGCCACCUACAGCUCCUUCUCCAGUGCAUCCCUGCCUCCGAUCCCCGUGGCCUCCGUCACGCCCACCACCUCCCUCCAGGGCUCUGGUACCUACACCACCUCCUCCCUGAGCACCAAGACGACCAGCACCUCCGACCCUCCCAAUAUCUGCAAAGUGAAGCCCCAGCAGCUCCAGAGCAGCAGCAUGGGCUCGUCGGCACACUUCUCCCCGCUGGGCUGCAUCCCCUCCCUGCUCGCUCCCCAGCAGCAGCAGCAAGCCCCACAGGUCUUCGUCUCCCAGUCUGCAGCAGGUUCUGCUGCUCAGAUCCCUGCCUUCUACAUGGACACCAGCCACCUGUUCAGCACGCAGCCCCCGCGCCUGGGCCCCCCCUCGCUGGCACAGCAGCAAGGCUUCCAGCCUGGGCUGUCUCAGACCCAGUCUCGAUUGUUUGAUUUUCCCUUACAGCCCACUGCAGUCCAGCAGAUCCCCAUCCCCAUCUACGCCCCCCUCCAGGGCCAGCACCAGCACCAGCAUCAGCACCAGCACCAGCAUCAGCACCAGCCCCAGGGCAUGGGCCUGGGCACCGGCCCGCCGGUCUCACAGGCACAGGAGCUCUUCAGCACCUCCCUGCACCAGCCCUACAGGUCCCAGCAGGCGUUCAUGCAGAGCAGCCUGUCUCAGCCCUCGCCGGUGGUUCUGUCUGGGGCUGGCCAGCACUCCCCCAUGAUGCUGUCGGGGACCGCGCUGCACAGCUACCCCGGCGUGCAGCCCUCCGAUCUCAGCAAGGCACAGUCUGGCCUGGCCUUCCAGCAAACCUCCAGCGCCCAACACAUCCCCAUCCUCUUCGAACCCCAGCUCAACCAGCCGUCCGGCCUGGGGGGCUCGCAGCUCAUGGACACCCACACGCACCUCUUACAGGCACGCCAGGGACUGAGCCAGCCCUCCAACUUGUACUCUGGGCAGGUGCAGCAGCCUGGCCAGAGCAGCUACUACAGCUCCACACAGUCUGCCAGCUCUGCCCUGCAGCAAGUAAACAUGCCCACACACUCGCACACGGGCCAGAGCAGCUACUACAGCAGCAGGCAGUACCCCAGUGCAGCCGUGCAGCAGAUGACGGUGCCUCUCCCGGGCUCCCAGCUCGCCCUCUCUAACUUUGGCUCGACUGGGGGCCACCAGCCCCUGAUCGCGCUGCCCCAGUCCAUGCAGCCGCAGGGCCCCCAGGCUCAGGCACAGAGCCUCGGCAGACAGGCUCAGCUCAGCCAGCCGUUCCGGGGGCUCCUGAACCAGAGCCAGCACGGAAUGAUGCAGGCUUCCAGCAAGGUGUGUGAGAUGGACCUGAAGCUGUUUGGCAGUGGGAUGGAUAUGAAGCCUGGGACCCCUCCGAUCAGUGCCAGGAGCACCACCCCCACCUCCAGCCCCUUCAGGGCCAGCUCCACCAGCCCCAACAGCCAGUCCAGUAAGAUGAACAGCAUUUUGUACCAGAAGCAGUUCCAGUCUGCAGCGGCGGCAGCGGCAGGGGUUCGAAUGCCUCCGCACUUCCAGGCACAGUUCACACCGCAGAUGAUGUCUCAGCCCAGCCUGGUGCCUCCCAUGGCGAGGCCUCCCCACGGCAGUUCUUUCAACCCGGGGGUGCAGCGGACGCCCAUGGGCCCCCCGAUGUCCCCCUCCCUCAUGAGUCAACCCCGCCCGCAGUACGUGAGCCGCGGACCCCCUGGGCCCUCCAUGGGACCCCGCGGAAACCAGGCCAUGCUCAAGGCAGAGCAGGAUAUCAAGGCGAAGCAGCGUGCGGAGGUGCUCCAGUCCACUCACAAGUUCUUCUCUGAGCAGCAGCAGCACAAGCCCACUCUGAGCAAACCCUCCGAUGGGAGCCAGCAGCCCGCGGAGAGCUUCACACCACAGCCCCUCUCCCUGGGGCACGAGGGGGAUAAGGGGUCCUCCCAGCCCCCCUCCUUCACUACCCCCGGCUCCAAACCUGUCCGGACCGGGCCCAUCAAACCCCAGGCCAUCAAACCUGAGGAGACCAAAUAACAGGAGGGGGAGUCGCACCGCACUGCGCCUUUCAGACAUGAAGGGGAUGUUCAUGAAGACUGAAGAGAUUCAAUAACACUGUCGCAUCCACUCUCACACACUCACAUAUAUAAUGAAACCCCUUUCACUGAGGCAGGCCCUGGGCUGAGAGUUGAGGCUGCAUUGUGCUCAGGAGGAGAGCUCCUGGCCAGGCCUGUGUCUCUCUCUCUCUCUCUCUCUCUCUCUCUCUCUCUCUCUCUCUCUCUCUGUCUCUCUCUCUCUCUCUCUCUCUCUCUCUCUCUCUCUCUCUCUCUCUCUCUCUCUCUCUCUCUGUCUCUCUCGGUCUGUGUCUCUCUCUCUGUCUGUUUCUCUGCCUCCCUGUGAUACGGUGCAGUUUUCUCAUAUUUGAGUCCUUUGUGUUUUCCCUGGCUGCUGGGGGUGAGAGAGGAGGUGCCAUGCCGACAGUGUGGCUGUCAAACCUUGAAGUUGCUGCUGAGUUUGCAAGGAGUUUGAUUCCUGGCUUUUUGGUUCUGUUUUUUAAAAUGUUUUUCUUGCUGAGACUUCCAUGAGUCCGCUGCCAUUCCUCCAGGGUGAAGCGCCUGACUGACGGAGGGCAUUGUGUUCUGCACCAUGGCGACACCAGAGACGCUUUUAUUAAACACCAGAUCUGUCAUCGCCACAAAUUAAAUGUCUACCUUUUGUUCUAGCUAGUACAGUACUGUAUCACACAGAUGUGGAUGGAAGAUGAGCUGACGAUAACAUUUGAGAGCUGUACGUAGUUGUGGAGACAGACUGCUGUAGCAGAGCUCUCUGCUCGUAACUUUUAUUCACCUUCCUCCCCCUCCUAAUCAGCGUGCGCUCUCUCUCUCUCUCUCUCUCUCUCGCUCUCUCUCUCUCUCUCUCUCGCUCUCGCUCUCUCUCUCGUUUAUUAUUAUGACUGCCCCCCCCCAAUGGUCCUGUCUGAUUGGCAGACUGGUAUCCCUGAGUGCUGAGUGACCCUGUUGGCACUGUACAGACAGCCAUGCUCGUUCUCUUUCAUUUCUACAGGGUUAAUCGCUCUUACAUAUGUACCAUCUUUCUUACAUUCUUUUUUUUUUUUUGGUUUUUUUUUUUUUGGUUUGGUUACAGAAACUAAUAAAAUUAUAAGCUGAAAAAAGU